GGCGAAUAGAAACUAGGUGUUAAAACACAGUGUAGUGCGUUAAUGUAGGGUUCAUGGAGGUUGUUUGAGAUUUAGCUUCAUGUGUACUAGCUUACUUGCAAGCGCUUGGUGGUUGAAAAGUGGUUUCCAUGGCAUCGCGGGCCGGACCGAGAGUAGAGGGUACAGAUGGAAGUGACUACCAGCACCGGGAACGUGUGGCCUCACACUAUCAAAUUAGUGUUGCACUGAAAUCAGAAAUCCGAAAGCUGAACAUGGUUCAUGUGGCGCUGUGGGUGUUAGUUUUGGCCCAGGUGGCGGUGAGCCAGCUGAAUUUACUGUCCCACAAAGUAGUGGCCAGCCCCUAUCAGUGGGAGUACCCUUACCUGCUGAGCAUCAUUCCCACCAUGCUGAACUUCAUGGCACUGCCCAAGAACACCAUCGGCUACCUGGCCGUGUCCAUGAUUGGCGCCGGUCUGUUUUGUGUAGCACCCAUCAUCUACGGCGCCAUGGAGAUGUUCCCUGUGGCGCAGCAGCUGUACCGGCACGGCAAAGCAUACCGCUUCAUCUUCGGCUUUUCUGCAGUGUCCGUCCUCUACCUGUUUAUAGUGGUGGCUGUGCAGGUACACGCCUGGCAGAUUUACUACAGCAAGAAGCUGCUUGAUGCCUGGUUCACCACAACACAGGACAAGAAAAAGAAAUGAAACCAGUUACAAAAAUUAACAUCUUCAUAUUUCCACGUUACCUUCAAGGAUGACCCUUGAUCAUGCAGAAUGGUCUGAACUUGUGAAACUAAGCUCUCAUGUUUCCCCUCCACCGACCAGAUUCUGAUUAGUUUGGAGACUUCAUGUUGUCCUGGCAU